UUGGAGCUUCUUUUUCUUCCACUGCUCUUUGUAAGAAUCCACCCUUACCUGAUUCAUCGUCUAUUACAUUUUCUGUUUCCUACUCUUUCCAAGUCGAUAUCUGAAGAAUGCGAUUCCUGUUCUCCAUUUGAUUUCGCCAUUCAAAUCAGGAAGUAAUGGGUCCAUUCCCUUUACUUGACGCAGCUAUUGAAAUCCUUCCGCGUUGCCCUAUUGUCACUCCAGGCUCAUCAUAUGGCAGACGGUCAUCAAAUUGCCAUCACAAUCUACGAACAGUUACAGUUACCUGGAAGCGGAAAGUAUCAUACACUGACAACUUCCUGCAUAAACCAAUUACUGUUGCCUUUUCUAGCCGGGACCAUUCAAACGAUCCUUCAACUGGAAGAAGUGAAAUAUUGGGGUCAGAAGAAGAUGAAAUUCUUGCAGUUAAAAAGGCGCUUUUGGAGUCUCAAACAAGACAAGAAGCUGUAGAGAAAGAGACAGACCAACUGCUUGAGAAGUUAACUCGCUAUGAGGCUAAACAAAAAGAAUAUCUUGCUACUAUAUUGCAUGAUAAGGAAUUGGCAGUUUCAGAACUCGAGGCUGCCAGAUCACUGUUUAAUAAAAAACUUGAGGAAUCAGUAGGUGAGAAGUUUGCUUUGGAAUCUAAGCUGGUCCUUGCAAAGCAGGAUGCUAUUGAUCUUGCAGUACAAGUUGAAAAGUUAGCUGCAAUUGCCUUCGAGCAGGCCACGUCACACAUAUUAGAAGAUGCUCAAUUAAGAGUUUCAGCUGCAGAAACUUCUGCUGUCGAGGCAUCUUAUGAAAUUGAAAAACAGAUCAGCGAUGCUACUGAAGGUUCAAUGCUAUCAUUUGUAGAACAAUCAAAAAUAGCUAUUGAGAAGGCAUUGGAUGUGGCUGAAAAAGCUAGUGCUCAUGCAAAUAAGGCUGUAGCUACAUUUACUGAUGAGGUAUAUCCUCUAGAUGAGAUCGCUUCUAUCCAAUCAGAAAGUGUUAAGUUGAAAGGUGUCGUCGAUGAAUUAGAAUCUCACUUAUCACUUGCAAGAGCUGAUGUUGAUAACCUUAAGUUGGAACUGGAGCAAGCCCGAGCACAGGCAACUGCAUCAGAAAUUCGAGCCAAAAAUGCUGAAAAAGCAUUGCUUGAAUUUCAAAACUCAAGUAUGGAAAAGAUAAUCCAACAGGAGGGAGAAAUUAAAUUGAUGAUGGAGAAAAUCAAGAAAGAUUUCACAGACAAGAAGAAAGCUGCUUCCAAAGCUUUCAAGGCUGAGCUUGAAGGUAUUAAGUCUGCCAUUGAAGCUGCCAAAGAAACUGCACAUUCAAAAGACAAUGCCUAUAUGAGAAGAUGUGAAGCACUGCAAAGAUUGUUGAGGGCUUCGGAAGCUGCAACAAAGAUGUGGCAACAACGAGCUGAAAUGGCUGAGUCAUUUUUAUCGAAGGAAAGAACCCUUGGUAAAGAUAAUGAAGAGGCAGCUUAUGUUGUCAAUGGUGGGAGGAUAGACCUCUUGACAAAUGAUGAGUCGCAAAAGUGGAAACUCUUGAGUGAUGGUCCUCGAAGAGAGAUACCUCAAUGGAUGGCAAGAAGAAUUGGAACCAUUCGCCCCAAGUUUCCUCCAAGAAAGAUUGAUAUAUCUGAAGUUUCAACAUCAAAGUUUAGAUCAUUGGACUUGCCCAAACUUGAAGAAGUAUGGUCAAUUGCUCAAGAAAAGCCAAAAGUGGGGGAUACACUAAUUGAGCAUGUUAUCGAGAAAGAAUCAAUAGAAAAGAAAAGAAAGGCUCUUGAACGUGCACUGCAACGAAAAACCAUACAAUGGCAAAGAACUCCGGAUCAAACAAAAUUAGAGCCCGGUACUGGCACUGGACACGAAAUUGUGUUUCAAGGUUUCAACUGGGAAAGCUGGAGAAGACGCUGGUACCUGGAAUUAGCUGCCAAAGCAUCUGAUUUAUCCCAAUCUGGGAUAACAGCAGUGUGGCUCCCACCACCAACAGAAUCUGUUGCUCCACAAGGUUAUAUGCCAUCUGACCUAUAUAAUUUGAACUCAUCUUAUGGAUCUGAGGAAGAACUCAAAUACUGUAUAGAAGAAUUUCAUUCUCAAGAUCUUCUGGCCCUCGGUGAUGUUGUACUCAAUCAUAGAUGUGCACACAAGCAGAGUCCCAAUGGUGUUUGGAACAUUUUUGGUGGCAAGCUAGCUUGGGGACCUGAAGCAAUUGUUUGUGAUGAUCCUAAUUUUCAGGGUCGAGGAAAUCCUAAAAGUGGCGACAUCUUUCAUGCAGCACCAAAUAUUGACCAUUCACAGGACUUCGUGAGGAAGGACAUAAAAGAAUGGCUAAAUUGGCUUCGGAGUGAUAUCGGUUUCGAUGGUUGGCGUCUUGAUUUUGUGAGAGGUUUCUCGGGUACAUAUGUUAAAGAAUAUAUUGAGACUUCAAAUCCUACUUUUGCUAUUGGAGAAUACUGGGACAGUUUGGCUUAUGAACAUGGGAAUUUAUGCUAUAACCAAGAUGCUCAUCGGCAACGAAUAGUUAAUUGGAUCAAUGCCACUGGUGGCACUUCCUCUGCAUUUGAUGUCACCACAAAGGGGAUACUCCAUUCUGCCCUUCAUAACCAAUAUUGGAGGUUGAUAGACCCACAAGGAAAACCAACAGGAGUAGUGGGAUGGUGGCCUUCGCGUGCUGUCACUUUCUUAGAAAACCAUGACACUGGGUCCACACAGGGACAUUGGCCAUUUCCGCGCGAUAAACUUGUGCAAGGAUAUGCAUAUAUCUUGACCCAUCCUGGAACACCUACAGUUUUCUACGACCACUUUUAUGAUUUUGGUAUUCGUGAAAUCAUCAACGAGUUAAUUGAGGCUCGACAACGUGCUGGGAUCCACUGUCGGAGCUCUGUAAAGAUCUUCCAUGCAAACAAUGAAGGAUAUGUUGCACAGGUUGGAGAUACUCUGGUAAUGAAGCUUGGACAUUUUGAUUGGAAUCCCUCAAAGGAAAAUCAGUUGGAUGGGAAAUGGCAGAAGUUUGUUGACAAAGGAUCAGAUUACCAAUUGUGGAUGAGACAAUAAUCCUAUUAAAUGGAGUUAGGAGGCCAGAUGUGAUUUUAAAUUGACCAAGAUUGAGCCAAGAUUUUCAGGGAUUUAUUGAUUUUGCAAUCUUCUUCCCCAAUUGAUGGCACUAAUGGCUCAGACAACUUCUCCUGAUUUCGCUAUAUAACCCCUAAAGGUCGCCGCUACAUCUAAAGAAGACAUUGAUGCUCAAGUGAGACGAUCAACCACCAACUAUUCAAGCUACUACUACACCAAUUGCUGAAGAACCCUAGAUUUGCAGUAUAGAAUAAAAUGUUUAUUGUUUUGCUUGUAACAACUUGAUUCUUCUUAAGAAAGGAAGAAUCGAGCUAGAUCGACAAGCAAUCUAAGAGUUCGGUUUCAUUUUUUAUC